AUACAUCCUCAUAAUUCUCGGAGAUUUGUCAAAUUUUCCAAAACUAUCCCAACCUUAUUCACUGAAGGAAAGUUAAUAAGGGGUUUUGCCAAAGCCGCUAAUAAUCAUGUUUACGUUGCCUGUUUAAUGCGAUUUGUUCGAUUUCCUGUCCGUGUCCGUGCCCAUGUCAAUUUCAGUGCAGAUACUUGUUGCAUCCUUCACUGCUUGAUUUCUCCACGGUUGAAGCUUUUCUCAACUUAUGAUGUAUAUACUUGCAAUGUCAAGAUUGGUGUGUUAUCACGAGCGGGAAAGAUUGAAGCCGCCCGCCAAUUGUUCGAUGAAAUGCCCACAAAAGACGUAGUUACAUGGAACGCCAUCAUUACUGGGUACUGGAAAAAUGGGUAUUUUGGAGAGUCCAAGAGAUUGUUUGGGCUGAUGCCUGUUCGGAAUGUGGUGUCCUGGAAUUCCAUGUUAGCCGGGAGUGUCGAGAAUGAGAUGGUCGACGAGGCUUUCAUGUACUUCCGGGAGAUGCCAGAAAGAAAUAUUGCUUCUUGGAACGCUAUGAUUUCGGGGUUUGUGAAAUGUGCUAGGCUGGAGGAAGCUAGUAGGAUAUUUCAAGACAUGCCGAAGAGGAAUGUUAUUUCUUAUACUGCAAUGAUUGAUGGGUACGCGAUGAAAGGAGAGAUAGAGCGGGCAAGGGCACUGUUUGACUGCAUGCCUCGCAAGAAUGCUGUUUCUUGGACUGUGCUGAUCAGUGGGUAUGUCGAGAACGGCAAAUUUGAUGAAGCACGGGAAUUGUAUGAGCAGAUGCCGGAGAAAAAUGCGGUUUCAAUGACAGCUAUGCUCACGGGGUAUUCUAAGGAGGGAAAGAUGGAAGAUGCGAGAGCAUUAUUUGAUCAGAUUCAGCGCAAGGAUCAUGUCUCUUGGAAUGCAAUGAUAACAGGCUAUGCACAAAAUGGCGGUGGAGAGGAAGCACUGAAGUUACACUCACAAAAGCUUAAGAUUGGUCUGCAUCCAGAUAAAUGGACCCUUGUUUCGGUUCUGACUGCCUGUUCUAGUCUUACAUCUCUUAAAGAUGGAAAACAAGCUCAUCUGCUCAUUAUUAAACAUGGAUUUGAAUCAAACCUCUCCCUAUAUAACGCUUUGAUUACCAUGUACAGUAAAUGUGGUGCAAUCCUUGAUGCCGAGUUAGCAUUUAAACAAAUUGAGUGUCCAGACCUCGUCUCAUGGAACACCAUUAUUGCUGCAUUCGCACAGCAUGGUCUCUAUCAGAAAGCUCUUGAUUACUUCAACCAGACUGUGGUGCACGGCUUCAAACCAGAUGGUAUAACAUUUCUUAGCUUGCUAUCUGCCUGUGCUCAUGCAGGCAAGGUAAAUGAGAGCUUGAAGUUGUUUGAUUUGAUGGUCAGCAGCUACAACAUUGCCCCUAGAUCGGAGCAUUAUGCUUGCUUGGUUGACAUUUUGUGUCGAGCAGGCCAGUUAGAGAAGGCUUGCAAGAUGAUCCAAGAGAUGCCAUUUCAAGCAGACUCUGGAAUAUGGGGCUCUCUUCUUGCAGCUUGCAGCGUUUACUUAAACGUGGAAAUAGGGGAGCUGGCUGCAAAGAAUAUAUUACACUUGAAUCCUCGUAGUUCUGGGCCUUACGUCGCGUUGUCUAACAUAUACGCAGCUGCUGGAAAAUGGAGAGAUGUUGCAAGAAUGAGAAGUCUGAUGAAAGAGCAUGGAGUGAAGAAGCAACAGGCACAGAGCUGGACAGAGAUUGGGAAUAAGGUGCACAUUUUCUUGGGAGGGGAUGUAUCUCAUCCAGAUAUUGAUAAGAUUCAUUUGAUGCUCAAAACGAUCAGUCUCCAUAUACCUGCGGAUGAUUUUGUAGACAUUACGUUUCAUGGAGCUACUAGGUAAUGAGUUCACUGGACUAAAUGGUUCCAUUUCUUCCAAUGUAGACUUUGUAAAGUUGUGCAUGAAGCCUUAACAUGACAUGAAACUGCAUAAAUUUUGUUUUCGCCUUGUGGCUCAUGUCGGGUCAUGUUGAUUUUGGCUUUCAGUUUUCAUUUUUUUUGAAAACUUAAGAGUAAUUAUCAAAAGCUUUUUCAGUUUUUGAACAAAUUGAAAAUAUAAUAGUUCUCAAACGGCUCAUUAGUAUGUCGAUUCA